AUGCCCUACUCACUGAAAGGAAGAAACGUUCUAGUCACCGCUGGCUCUAGAGGUCUUGGGGCCAUCAUCUGUAAGAAGUUCGCCGAAGAGGGGGCUAAUGUCGCAAUCAAUUAUUUCUCCAAUUCAGCAGCAGCUGAAGAAUUGGCCAACACUUUGACCAAGGAAUAUUCUACCAAGAUAUUCAUCGUCCAAGGGGAUGCCGAAAAACGAGAAGACAAUGUUCACAUCGUUCAAGAAACAGUAAAGAAUCUUGGCGGACUCGAUGUGAUUGUUGCAAAUGCCGGAUGGACAAAGCUGAGCAAAUUUGGCGAUCUCCAUGCCUUGAAUGAUGAUGAGUGGAACAAGUGCUGGGCAGUCAAUGUCAUGUCUCAUCUGCAACUCAUGCAAGAAGCCGCGCCAAUCUUUAAUGCGAAUUCCGAAGGAGGUGUCUAUCUGAUUACUUCUUCCAUCUCAGGAAUAAGCAACCGCGGUAGUAGCAUGGCCUACUCUGUUACGAAGGCUGCUGGACUGCAGCUCAUGAAGAACCUCGCAUUAACACAAGGGCCCAAGAUUCGAGUGAAUGCCAUUCUCCCUGGCCUUAUGCUUACUGAAUGGGGCCAGCGUUUUGGGCCAGAAAUGAUUGAAAAGAUCAAAAGUGCAUCUACGCUGAAGCGCGAGACUGAUCUUGAUGACACUGCCGACGUCUUCAUUUCCGCGGCUAAGAAUUCUUCCAUGACUGGCCAAGAGAUUGUUAUUGAUUCGGGCCUCACUAUGGGAACGUAUUGA